AUAGUUUUGUUUUGUUGUCAGAAAAUCCUGACACGGUGAAAGCAUGGCAUCGUCCCAAAGCAUCUGCUCUGAGAAAAAAGAAUUGGACAGACUUCACAGGUUACUUAUGACAGACAUUGCUAAUUGUCUAGAUCAAAUUAGCACCGAAUGUGAUAAUUUAUUUUAUCACAUAAAAGGCAUUGUGGGUCAAGGAUUAUUUUCAGAAAAAAAAUCUGUACUAGAUAAACUUUCAACUUUGGAGACAAGGGGAAUCAUUCAGCCUGGUAAAAAUUACGAAAUGUUGAUUCAAAUCUUUGAAGACAGUGGAAAUAUUAGUACGAGGGAUAUGAUUAUAAGACAUGUACAGGAAAUGGAUGAGUUUCGAAAGCAAAUUCACGAAAAGGGAAAAAACAGAAGUGAUCCAAUUCAGUCGCCUGGAACGGAAUCAAAUAGUGACGAUUCUCUUCCAUGUACAGAACAGAACCAAGUUAUAGAACAGCAAAUGAAGAACAUUUCGCAUACGCAAUCGGUUAAGAAAAGAAAAUCUAGUGGGAAUGCAAGCCAAGGCUCACACCAAAAAAGAAAGUUAACACAUGAUUCUCCAGAACCAGAAUUCCAACCAAGACCAAGUACGAGCAAGAGUGACUUCAGUCGGGAAGACGCAAUACAAAAUGCAUAUUCAGAGGAUGCAGACCCGCCUAAAAAAAGAAAGUAUACACGUGAAUUUGAAAUAACAGAUGCACCACCGACACCUAGAACAAGCAAGUUUGACUUUGGCCCAAAUAGAGGAGUAGAAAAUGCAUGUCCUGCAAGUUGUGACGGAGUGAAAAACUAUCUGUAUGCUAUGAUAUUACUGCAACAAGCCCAUGACGUUCUGGUUCCUUUUUGUGGUGAAAUAAUUAAACAUCAACAUCAAACCCUAUUACAAACUGUGCAACAGGAACACAAUAUCGCUAUCAUGACUUGUAGCGUAUGUGAAAUACAGACACUGAGUCCAUAUCAUGUACGGACUGCAAAAAACUAUUGCCCAUUAGGUUAUCACCGUUGCAACUGCCUUAAAUCGAAAGAAACUUACGAAUGUCCGACUAAAGUCUGUGGAACUAUGUAUGAUGAAAUAAUAAAACUUCACAUAAAGAGAUCGCCUUCUAUGAUGAAUCUUGACAUUUCUAAAUUGUAUGAAGACCCGUGGGAGAUCGCUAAAUGUUUCAUUCCCUACAGUUGUAAUUUGGAUUCGCUACAAGAUACAGACCUAUCUGGAAUACUGUAUAUUAUCAUCAACAACAAAUCGUUCAAUGACAGAGUUACUACCAUGGAUCUUUUCAAUGAAUUACGAGUAUUAAGAAACAAUCUCAUGCAUAGUUCUUCCAUGCUACUUGGGGAUUCUGAAUUUGCUUUCUAUGAAAACUGUGUGAUGAAUUUGCUGAACAUACCAGAAUUGAAAAAUAGACCUGAAACACAUAAAGCACUGAAAUCCUAUGAAGAGGUUAGUAUAAAACUUUUAUUUUUAAA